AUGUCUGCCAUUUUCAACUUUCAGAGUCUGUUGACUGUAAUCUUGCUCCUUAUACAUACUUGUGCUUAUAUCCCAUCCUUGACACCCAGCCUCCUGGACAGAAAUAAAGCUGGAUUGCUGGGUGUACUUUGGAAGUGCGCUGGAACUAGGGAACAGAAGAGGCCUUCCAUUGCAGUGUGCUAUAGAGUGAUGGGCUUCAGCAUCCUCUUCAUACAGUAG